AUGGAGGAGAGAGAGAAUCCAGCUUCUGUACAGACCGGGAGAUGGUCGGAUAUCCCAGAAGGAGGAAGCAGCAGGUUCAGUGGUCCUGAGGCCUGUAGCAGGAGUACAGUGAGGGAGCAGGAGGGUCACAUGAACCUUGAUUCACAGACUCAAUGGAAUCGUUACCAGUACCCUGGCUGGCUCCUGCCGCCACACUGCCUUACACAGUGGUACCUCCCGCUGUUGUUGACCGCCGAGACACACAGGGCCAACGACAGUUCAGACAAGACUAACUACUGGCCUUCUCCCCUUGACAAGGAAGAAAAACAAGGACAGGGGUGUGUAGAGAAAACAGUGACAUUCAGUUUUAAUUCAUUUGAACCUGCUGCCAAGCUUAAUUAUGUAAUUGGAGUGAGACUGGUGUACUUCCAGCCACUUGGGCUGGGGUUUCCGACGGUUACCAUUCACCAGCGUUUUCUCGAGGAUUUUAGUGGUUACCAUAAAGCAUUAUUAGCUGGAGCUGAACUAAUCUCCUUACCCUGCCCUUCCCCAGAUGUAGGGUACGGUUUUGUGGAUUUUGAUAGUCCUGCAGCUGCACAGAAAGCAGUAGCAUCUCUUAAGGCAAAUGGCGUGCAGGCACAGAUGGCUAAGCAACAAGAGCAAGACCCAACAAACCUAUACAUCUCAAACCUCCCCAUUUCUAUGGAUGAGCAGGAACUUGAGAAUAUGCUGAAACCCUUUGGACAUGUCAUUUCUACAAGAAUACUAAGAGAUGCUAAUGGAGUCAGCAGAGGCGUUGGCUUUGCCAGAAUGGAGUCUACUGAAAAAUGUGAAGUGGUAAUUCAACAUUUUAAUGGAAAAUAUCUGAAAACACCACCAGGCAUCCCAGCCCCUAGUGAGCCUUUACUGUGCAAAUUCGCUGAUGGAGGACAGAAGAAGCGUCAGAAUCAAAGCAAAUACACGCAGAAUGGAAGGCCCUGGCCCAGGGAAGGAGAGGCUGGCAUGGCUCUGACCUAUGACCCCACAGCUGCCAUACAGAAUGGAUUUUAUUCUUCACCGUACAGUAUUGCAACCAACCGCAUGAUUCCACAGACAUCUCUCACGCCAUUCAUUGCUGCUUCCCCUGUCUCCACAUACCAGGUCCAGAGUACUUCAUGGAUGCCUCAUCCGCCAUACGUUAUGCAACCAACAGGUGCUGUGAUUACGCCGACAAUGGACCAUCCUAUGUCAAUGCAGCCAGCAAACAUGAUGGGCCCCCUGACACAACAGAUGAAUCAUCUUUCAUUGGGCACAACAGGAACGAUUCAGUCCCAAGACAGGAUUAUGAUACUCCACCAGCUGUUGUGUCAGUAUAUGACUGCUGCGGCUCCUAUGCAAGGGACCUACAUUCCCCAGUACACGCCUGUGCCUCCGACAGCUGUUUCUAUUGAAGGUGUUGUUGCUGAUACCUCUCCCCAGACAGUGGCACCUUCCUCCCAGGACACCAGUGGUCAGCAGCAACAGAUAGCAGUGGACACAUCCAACGAACAUGCACCUGCAUAUUCUUACCAACAGUCUAAACCAUAAACAAGACUGAAGAAUGUUUGUCUGAAACUUUGCCUUGAAUGAAGAAACUUCGUUGAACAGGAAG